AUGCUGCGUCAAACAGUCCUCGGCCUUCUGCUUGCAUGUGCAGUGUCUUUCAGCAGAUGCUCUCCCUUUGGUGAUGGUGGCAUGCUCAUCUUGUGGGCGCAGACAGCCAGCCAAAUAAGUGAGUUCCCCGCUCAAGAUGGUGUCGUGACGCCAAACCCCUGGCAUUUCUACAGUCGCAUGAGUCUUUACCGGCUGGUGAUUGGUGCUACAGACAAGUAUAUGGGAACCAUGGGAACAGGUAACACUGACAGUCCUCUGUGGGGACUGCCCCUGCAGCUUGGAUGGAUGUUGAAUUCAGGUAAGAUGAAAUUUUUUCUCAAAAUCUAAGUACAAGUUGAUACCAGUCAUUUUGGAGCGUGAUGCUUUUGGAAUCAAAAUCAACCUUUAAAGCAAGUUUGUCGACAUGUUUGAUUUAGGAAAAUAUUCUUGCCUUUGAAAAUUAUUUUCCAACCUCUACUUCGAGUCUCUUAGGAAAACAUGCUCCUCUUUAGUUUGACUGAUUAAAUCAAACAUAUUCAGAGUACCAAAAAGUCCAGAAACAAGCCGACGGCAUUGUCAAUGUCUCAACUCUGCAGGGCGUCUCGGUGACCCUUCUGGUGCUUCUACCUGUGGCCUGGAUACAGGCGAUACUACGUGUAUUUCUACUGAGAGCUGGUGGGCCUGUAAGUACAGUACUCACAAUAGUAUUAUGAAAAGUAUAGUGUUGGUCUGCCUAAUAUUAAACCUGAACUGAGACAAUUCGCAGCUAUUUACGUUCCAUUUAAUGGACCUAAAACACACAUUAAAACCCAUCUCCUCAUCCAGGUGAGAACUACUUUGUCUCAGUGCUGCCUUUCCUCUCUGCUGCACAAAAUGGAAUCUUGGGAGAUGGACUUCAGGUACGUCAGCAAAGAGUCUGCAGCUAGUUUAGAUGCUGCCACACUUAAACUUACUACUGAAAGAUGACUGACAUAAGCCCCCCUAGACCUAGGUCUUCAGACAGUGUCAGGAGUUGGACAUUAUAUAAGUUCCUGUGGACUUUUGGCCAUACUCUUACAUCAGCAUAUUAACUUACUCACAGGACAGUGCAAGUAUGAUGUUUACUGUGUGAAAGUCUUUGGAUGUGAACUGUUUGCCUGACAACAGAAACGGAGGAUUAGGACUACAUUGAAAAAGAGCUUUGGAGAACAAAGUCGUAAUUUUGCGAGUUUUAAGAUGUACAAAAAAGCUGUAAAUCUGCAAGAAUAAAGGCAUACAUUAGCAUUGUUAAUAAUAAAUAAAAAAGAUGUCACUGUUACGAAAGCAAAGUCAUUAUGUAAUGGGAGUAAAGUCGUUAUGUUAUGAGACUAAAGUCUGUCAGGAGAAAGAAGUUAUUUUAGGCAACGAUUAGCAUAGAUGUUACAGCUGUUAUGAAGCCUGAACUUCUACAGCGAGAGGCUCCAUGAUGAUCUUCAGAAAAACCUUGAAGAGAAAACCUUUUACCAACUUUAUGUUCUCCCAACUUUAGUCGGGUAACAUUACAAAUUCAUUCUCAUAAUCUUAACUAGCGAACAAGUUUAUGAGAUUUAGGUCGUUAUUUUGCAAGGACAAGUUGUGAGAGAAAAAAGAUGCAAAUUAACAUGAUGGAAUUUUUCAGGAAUAAAGCCUCAAAAAGAAAACACAAAAGUUCGCCACAGUUUAAGGGAUUUAAGCGGUUAUUUUACAAGAAUUGAAGAUGUGAAAGAAAAAGAAAUUAUCAGAUUCUAACACUUAACUCCCUGCAUUUUGGUGAAUUUUACAUAGCAUUUAAUUUUAAAAGUCGCAACAUUUGAUCUGUUAUUUUUCACAUAGUCAAUUUAAAACUGAGAUAUUAAAUGUUACAUGGAAACAUUGAUUUAACAUCCAGAUCAAAAAUACUGCAUGCCGGCUAAAUAAUACUGUAAAAUGAGGCUUUACACAGAAAGUGCAUUACACACAAUCCGUUGAGAAGGCACUUUUUUACAUUUUAGCUAUUGUAAGGGCCAGCAUUAGGGCUCUGUUUUACAUUUUGUAUUCUGGAAAGGCAUCCAGAAGAAACCUUUUUAUGUUUGACUACGGGGCAUCAACAAAGCCUCAUUAUAUUUUUAUUUUAUAUUCUAUACGGACAUCCAGGGGGAUUUAUUUUUUAACUAUUUUUACAUUCUUUAUACGGUGGGAGGGCAUGUACAGGGGACUGAGCAGUUGAUUUCAGAGCCUUUUAGCCGGGAUGUCUUAAAUAUCUGGUGUUUGAAAAAAAAUGACUGUAAUUAUUGUUGAUUUUGACGUUAUUAGGUCCGGAUGCAGGUACCUGAAGGUGUUACAAACUACUGCACAACAUAUGCAGAGUGUGCAGCUGCCUUCCCUGAUGCCAUGGCUAAGUGGGACCAAUUUUUCCAGGUAGAUAAACUCCGUUUCACACUAAUGCAAUGGUUAUCACUUGAGACGUCGUAUAAUUUCUAUUCUCUUUGUUUGUGAUAAAGGGUCUUAAGGCUUCAGUAGAUUCUCCUCUUCCUGAUGCUGAGAAGAGAGACGCUAUCCUCGGUCUCUACUGGGAAGCCCACAUGGCUUCAACUUAUGCAUCUGCUGCUUGCGAUGCCAAGUAACUAUCAACCUGUCUAUAAAAAGUGUAAAUCUAGAUGGCUAACUUUUUUUAGAUUCUGUUUUUUGACUUUUUGAAGCCUUCUCCUGUGAACUGCAGUUGAUUUUACUAAUACCAACGCCAUAUUGAUUCUGCUUAUAUAUCCAAUCCAUUAUCAAGGGGGCUUUGACCAAUCAGAAUCAAGUAUUUAACACAGCUGUGUGAUUGGUAGGGAAGUCAGUAAACAAAGGAAGAUAAUGUUGAAGGCUCAAACUACUGAUUCCCAUAACAAGUGUUGAUUUUGGCGCACCCUUGUGGACAAAAUCAGUACAUUUUCUGUCUUUGCUGUCCUCAACACUUCGAAGUGGUGUUUACUGAUAAAAAAAUCAACCAGUGUGAAUCUCUGCAUUUCUUAUAAUGUUGAGCAAAGCCUUUGACCUCUGUGAUCUUCGUCUUUCUCUCCUCUCCCUCAAGGAAGACCCAUUACUCUGCCCAAGAGGUUUCAUUUUCCCAGAGCUGGGUGAACUCAGCCGAGUUUGUUUCUGCGGCACGUUUCCAAUCUAGUCUGGACAAUGCCUCCAAGUUCAUAACCCCUUUGCCAAGCCGAAUCUUAAAAGUACAAUUCCCUCAGAAGUGUAUUUUCAAGCAACAUUUAAAAAAAUCUGUUAUACUGUUAUACUUUAUACCCUGUGUCAUACUUGUACUUCAAGGAUGGUGAUGUUGCCCCUGACAUCGCUGACCUGUCUACAGAGGAGAACAACUCAUUACAGGUCUUUGCCAGGAUCGAUAGUAUCAACGCAUCGAUGGGUAAGACAGUCACACACAGAACAUGAGCAUUAUAAACUUUAAAUGUUAAUCCAAGUUUGAUCAUGAUUUUGCUGUUCACCAGGUGGGACGUUAGUGACAAUGUGGAAAAGAUCCAUGUGCUCUGUGCAAGCAAGACUGAAAGGAGCUGAAUUGCUGGAGCAGAUGUUGCUGAGUCCGGCCUCUAGUCCCGUCACUAUUGUGUCUAUGGGUGCUGCAAUUGCUAUGACCUGCUGAGCGAUGCAAACACACUAACAUGGACAAGCAGUCUUAUAGAUGUAUUUCAUUUUUCAACUGAGACAGAAAAGGAGUAAAUUGAUCAAAACAAGAUUUUAAUUAUUUGUUGCAAAAAACCUGAUACAUCAUGUUAUCUUUAAGACAAUUGGGAAGUUAAAGUUUUUGUUUUAAAUAUGUGUGUUUGAAUUGAGAGAUUUAGCUGUCAUAAUAAAACACUAUCAAACACCACACAAAUUCUGGUUUAUUAAUGAUGACCCAAUUCAGGAACAGCUCCAAUGCAAUCUUACAGCGCCUCCCAGUGGUAAUGAGCUCUAAAACAAGAUGAGAGCGAGACAGACCAUGAAAUAUGUUCAGUGUUCACUGUGGGAAAGUGUUAUUAACAGAUCUCGAUCUCUACAAGAGUUUGAGCUGAAAACCAAAAAUGACAAUCAAGAAUGCCAGACCUUGAAAUAAAUAAAGGAGGAAGUAAGUGGUGCAGUCUUUUCAAAUAACACAAAAUGUCUUAAUAGUCACUAAGGAAAACCACAAUAACACAUUUUGGAUGUUACAAAAUGAAACCGAAUGAAGAAAAAUAUGAAAUACACCAUAAACGUUCUGUUAUAUUCUGGCUGCACUGUUUCUGUAGCAGCACUGAGCUGACUCUACAGUAACUAAAUACAACUGGGUCUUCGACAAGGUGAAUAUUGACAGAGUGGUCAGGGCAAUGAUCCUGUUGUGUAAAGUAAAAGGUCAAUGGGUUUACUUCCACUUCAAAAACUGGAGGCUGUGACACUAAAGAAGUAGGCUCUAUUUGAAGUUCAUAUGUAACUCUGAUAUCAUGGCUUAUAAACAAAGAACUUCAACAUUUUGGAAUAAGAAAAAGUUGUACUCACUUGGCCAAUUAGUAGCCUCUAAUUCUGAAUCAGGGAGCAUAAAUCAGCCAGGUUUAACCAAAACUGCUGAAGCGUGGGGUUCCUCAGGGUUCAGUAUCAGGGUCUUUGGGAUUUUAUUUUGCACAGUACUUCAUAUUAAUUUUAUCUUUUAAUUACUGUUGAUCAAUAAAGCUCCUGUGAGGAACUUUUUGUUAAGUGUCAGUUUUGGUGCCCCUUGUGGACAGAGCGACAUAACCUUAUUUUGUCCUCUAAAAGUUUAAACAGUGUAUUCUGACAAUGAAAUAAUCACCUUUUGUUAAUGUUUAAUGUCAAAAAUGUGAAAAAAUAAAUAAAUAAAUUAAUUAAUAAAUAUAAAGAAAAAAUAUUAUAAUUAAAAAUUAUUAUUAUUAUAAUUAAAAAUCAUUAUUCAUUUAAUUAAAAAUAUAAUAAUAAUAAUUAUAAUAAUAAUAAUAAUUAUUAUUAUUAUUAUUAUUAUUACUAUUUUUGCCUCUUGUACCAGUGUCAGACAUUUGAAAUCGGACUAUAAAACUUAGCAACCCGUCAUUUAUUUUUUUAUUUUGCUUCUAUGUCAUAAUAGGCAGAAGCAUGAAUUUUAACCUAUUUCAUACAGGUAAAAAAAAAAUUACUAAUGUUUUUUUUUUUUUUUUUUAAAUUAGAAAACCUUUGAAAGGGUAAACUUAUCAAACACUUAAAACCAAACAAAUAUCUAAAUAAAAACUGAUACAUAGUCAGAGGACUAUGCAUCUUCCUCUUAACCCCCCAAAUAACUCCCCAAAAUAUAAAAACUACAACAAGACAUUAAUUCUUGUAUUGGAUGUAUUUGUCCAUAUCAAAGAGUAGUUUUGAUUCAGAUUCAAUCUGAUGAAUUGGGACAUCUACUGCCACAUGGAAGCCCUUUACACAAGAACAACAAGCUUUAAAGCCAAAGGUGAUUCAACAGACUGUGGUUUAAAGUCCUUAACCUGUUCAAUUUCUUUAUUAAGGUUACACAAAGAAAUAGACGAACAGAGUCUGUGCAAUUAUAUUCAGAGAGAUUUGUGUCUUUUCCUUGUUUUAUAUGGGUUGAUCAUUCCUUUAGCUGAGCACGUGAUAUUGAGAGUCACAUGGAAAAGCUCUUCAAAUACACUGUUAUGAGUCAAAUGUACACACACCAUCCCCGGAUUUUUGAUCUCUGUGACCCUCUUUCAGAGAUAGUGGGCAAACAGGACAUGGUUACUGAACAACUGCUUUCCUGUCCAUUGACCAGCAUCAUACAGAUACCAUCCAUCUGCAGGGUUUUAAAGAAGUGGGUUAUGUUCAGGGUCAUGGGAUAUAAAUGAAGACUGAUCCUUUUUAUGUAACUUACAGGUUUUAUCAUAAACCUUACAAGUUUCUUCAACCCAAAGCACGUAACAGAAGAAAAAGGUUGAAAUUUAAGGGUUUUCUUGUCUUCCAAGUCUGCUUCCAUCAAAUUGGGUGAGCAACAACAUCGAACAGGAACAGGAACACAAGGGAGCAACACACCAAACAUGGAACAGAAAAUACAAAUGAAGGAAAAACAUAAAAACCAAAAGAAUAAAUCAUGACAAUAAUUUACACUGGGCUCUCAGUAGUCAUUAAACAAUAGUCUUAGUCUUACUGUCCUAGACCCCUGAGUUUACCAUUUACUCCCAGACAGGUCAGAUUGACCACUGUCACCCAAAAGGGGGCAGGGCAACAGUUAAAAGGUUAAGUUUCCUGGUACUGCUUUUAUUAGGGUCACGGGGCAAACGCACCAAGGCUACUGUGGAUUUUUUUCUUUAUAUACAUUUUUUUCUUUGUAUAUAUUAUAUAAAUAAAUAGUUAAAAAAGAAAUGUUUGUCGCGGGUGUGCUCAUCUUCCUCAUAAUGUACACAGACUGGCAGUAGCGCCCGUGGCCCUAUCAAAUUUCUUUGAAGGAAAUUUCUAUUUUCUGUUAUUUUUUACAUUUUUGUCUGUGCUUUUAGCACAUCUUAUUGCUGCUAUGAUUAUAUUCUUGGAUUUGUGAUACUUAGUGAAGCACUUUGACAUUUCGUACUUGCACUGGGCCAAUAUGGGAAGUGUUGCCUACAAGGGGUGGGAGAAAAAAUUGAUACAGCGUAGUAUCACGAUAUUUUGUCUGGUGAUAUAUUGUAGUGUCUCAUUUUCAAAUUAAUUGUUAAUAUUAACUCAAGUCUUAAAUAAAAUCAACUGUCCAAUGACACAAGUUAACUUUGCUGCCAGGAAGACUUUGGAGAGGUUUUUGCUACUGUAAGGAAUUAUUACAGAAACAAAUUAACAAAUGAGUUGGUUUGAUUAAAAAAAAAAAAAAAAAAAAAAAUAUAUAUAUAUAUAUAUAUAUAUAUAUAUAUAUAUUUGAAGAAAAAAAUAUUAUUAUAUAUUUAAAAAUAUAAUUAUUAAAAAUAUCAUCAUUAAUAUUCUUAAAAAUUAUAACAAUAUUAUUAUUAAUAAUAAUACUAUGACUACUAAUAUUAAUUAUUAAAAUUAUUAUUAUUGUUAAAAUCAUUAAAACUAUUAUUUUAAAAAAUAAAUAAAUAAAUAAUAAUAAUAAUAAUAAUAAUAAUAAUAAUUAUUAUUAUUAUUAUUAUUAUUAUUGUUUGUCCAAUGAGGUUGGCAGAGGUGACAUCAUAGAGUAGAAGAAAGUUCGUGCAACAAAUAUAUAUAUGUGUGUAUAAGGUUUGCAAGAUGUACUACAUGAAAAUAAAAUACAGCGUAAAUAAGACAAACAUAAAGGAAAGAAAAAUGCUUGAUUAGCUAAAAAGUUUAAAAAAUGUAUAAAUUGCAAUAUAUUGUAUCGUAAUAUUGAUUGUAUUGCAAAAUGUAAAAAAUCACAAUAAUAUUGUAUCGUGGCUCAAGUAUUGUGAUAUAUCUUGUCAUGGGGCCACUAGUGAUUUCCACCCCUACUGCCAAUGUUUCAGUUGUAAGGGGGUGUCCAAGAUGAUGAUCUGCAGAGUUUUUCUCUUCAGUAGAACAUGGUACUUUAUGAUGGAGAGUAUGUAUGCACUCCAAAAGGCCAACAUUCAAACACUUGAAGGAAAAGCAUAAUCAAAAAUUUUGCUGAAGCAAUCCAGUGGAAAUAAAGUUGAUUGUAAGCGGUCAGUGUCAUCUUGCAUGGGGAUUUUUUGGACCCCCAAAUUGUCUGCCACAUGUCAGAGGUUUCGAGGUCUAUGUAAAUACUCUAUACAUUAUCUUAUCUGUCAUGAGGGUUCACUGAGCAAGGUUUCAAAAGACAACAUCAACAUGUGUCACUUUGAACGUGUGUUUCUCGUGUUUUUCAGAACAUGUGUAGGUGUUCCGACCAUAUAUAAGCCUUGCAUGUGACCAAUCUCAUACCAGAAGAGACACUCUUUCCUCAGCCUCCCUCUGUGGUCUCAGCUCCUCAGCCAUGCUGCGCCUAAAGCUCCUCUGCCUCCUCUUGGCAUGUGCAGUGUCUCUCACUGGCGCCACUGUACUUCUGGAAAAUGGUAUACCCCUCCUGUGGGGGCAAACUGCAGGGUCAGUAUCUGAUCUGCCCACAGAUGGUCAAGCUUUGAUCCCCAGUCCCUUCAACUACCUUCAUAGGUUGAGUUUUAGCCGGCUGCUGAUUGAUACAACAACCCCCUUCAUGUCAUCAAUGGGACCUUCUGUCACUGACAGUCCACUGUGGGCAAUGGCACUGCAGCUUGUUUGGAUGCACUCUUCAGGUAAGAUGAAAACAAUUCUCAUGAGCGAUGAUUUUGAGAUUCAAAGAUUCUGCUUUCCUGUGAGCCUCAUAGAAAUAUCUAGAACAUUCUCAUCCCCUGAUGUCUAAAAUACAGUAAACAUACCAUGAAAUACAAAAGGUCCAAACUGAUAACAUCAUGUGCAAUUUCUUGAUUCUGCAGGGCGUCUCGCUGACCCAACGGGUGUGACACUAUGUGGCAAGCAAACUGGAGAUACUAACUGUGUCGCUCCUGAUAGCUGGUGGGCCUGUAAGUAGGACUAGCACACUAUAAUAUUACUAAAAUGUUGCAUUACUUAACUGUAAUAUUUAACAUUAAAUGCCAUUUUCAUACUUUAUUUCAUUCAGUUAAUAUUCAAAACAUUCAAUACAAACAAGGAAAAAUCUCAAACAUGUGAAUGAAGAAAACUCUUAUGGAGUCUGCCCCUCUUGUAUAUUAAUCAACUAAACAUAAUAAUAAAAAUAAACAAUGGCUGCAGGCCAACGUGCCUUUUUACAGUUCACUAUUUCUUAUUUUUAAAAACAAAACAAACAUACCAAGACUUAGAUUAACAUAUUUCCUCGUAUUUACUCAACAUACUGGCUUUGACACUUUUUUUUAAGAUAAAAUUUGAUUUAGCUUCUUUAGUUUCUUCGUUCAGAUUGUUCCACAAACUUAUUCCUCUCGCUGUAAUGCAGCGCUCUUUCAGUUUAGUUCUGAAUCUUGGCUUUUUAAAUAUUCCAAUAUAUUUAAAUAUUAACUAUUAACUGUAAUAUUCCCGAUUUUGUAUUCUAAUUUUGAAUUUUACUGUAAAAUCAAUAGAGACACAAUAAAUUACAGUAAAAUAUAUACAGUAAUUAACUGUGAAAUAACUCUGAAAGUAUUGCAACUAGGAGCUGGUAAUUUACUGUACGAAAAGAUGAACACGCUUACACUUUUAAAGAGAUAUCAACACACACUGACCGCAGUGAAAUCCUUCCUUCUUCUCCACUUUAGGUGUGAACUACUUUUUCUCAGCGCUGCCCUUCCUGUCUGCUGCACAGCAAGGCUUCAUGGGAGAGGGAGCUCAGGUACAUAUGGCGCCCCUGAAAUGAAAGUGAAACUUAUUUCUGUAGUCAUGUGACCAGUUUGCUUAGGCUGUACUUAGGCACAUUAGGACUCUAGUACACACUGUUGGAUUUUAGGCGUAAUGCAAAAUGUCAGUACACUGGGUUUGCAGUGGAUAUGUGCAGAUAAUGUAUCUACUGCUAAUCUUAUGGCAAAUACAGACCUUACUGAGAGCUCAGAUAAUGAUUGGCGAUUCAUUUCAAAACAUCAGGUGAAGUAUACAGUGCCUGACGGAGUAACAGACUACUGCACCACAUAUGCUGACUGUUCAGCCCAAUACCCUGACGCCAUGGCCAAAUGGGACGCUUUUUUUCAGGUAAAUUCCUCUCAUACAAACACACAUAAAAAAUAACUUUACGGAGGUUAAGUUUAAAAUUAAAAUUGUUCAACUUGUAACAAUCUCCCCCAUGCAACUUCAGGGUCUCAUCGCAACAACUGCUUCUGUACUUCCUGAGGAGGAGAAAAAAGACGUUAUUCUUGGUCUCUUCUGGUCGGCCCAAAUGGCUUCAAUCCAGUCAUCUACUAUAUGCAACGGCAGGUAAUGUAUCGAUGAACUUGUCACGUUUAUGGGUAAAACAAAAAGGGAAGGACCCAAAAUGCAGAACAUUUGAUUUAUUUGAAAGGAACUAAAAGAAAGAAAAACAAAAAAACUUACUUUAAAAAUGUCCAACUCAAAAAUCCAAAAUCUUGACCGAUUUGAGUAGGUCAUUCGGGUACUUUUGCACACUCAAUUUUCGCAUACUAUCCAUACUUUUUUCCAUUUUGAGUUGAGUAUACUCAAAAUUUUAAGUAUUUAGUAUAGAAGUAUGCAAUUUGGGACACACCUUAAGACUAUAUAUACACACAGGGAAACGAGCAACGAGAGGCAGGUGAGACACAGAGACACAGGUGCAGACAACUACAGAGGAGGGAAAACUGAGGAAGUAAAACGAGACUAGAAACACGGGGAAUAAAUACUACAAAAUAAAACAGGAAACACUGAAAACUGAUAAUAGAGAAUGAAACACUAAGAACACGAGGGAAACAUGGUCAGACACAAACUAAAAACUCACAAGACAAGACUACAGGGGAACAGAAAUAGUAGGGAACAGAAACCUUGUCCCAGUUUAGAAGCACUGGACAAACAACGGAUUACUAACAGAAGCACAUAUGCCUCCAUCAUUGGCCUGUUACCAAUCUUAAAGCUCAGCAAGACUAAACAUUUUUGUUCCAAUUCUCUGUUGAUCAUAAAUUAUCACUUUCUUUUGCUUUUUAAAAAAUGUUUUGGUCUUGUGAUUGUCUUCCUUCCCAUUAGGAAGAGCCACUACUCCAGUAAAGAGGUGGCAUUUGCCGAAAGCUGGCUGUUUAUAUUUGAUUACCUCUCAGCGGUAUAUUUCCAGUCCAACUUGGAAGACUCUAAUAAGUUCAUAAGCCCUCUGCCAAGUCGAGUUUUAGAGGUACCAAAUCUAUUUGUUAUUAUCUAAUAGAUGAGUUUAAAUCUCUUUAUCUAUAUUUCAUUGAUGACUCAUCGAGGUUUUGCUCUGUCUGUGAUUCUCAAAAGGAGUCGGACAAUCCACCCAAAGUUCCUGAUCUGAGUGAUGAGGAGAACCACACGCUGUACGUCUUCUCCUGGAUGAAUAGCAUCAACAGUAUAAUGGGUGAGAAAGACACAAACACAAACGUGUGUGUUUUGUUACAUAGAUUUUUUUUUCUUAUCACGAUCAUUUUGUCGUUUAGGUGGGACUUUGGUGCAGGCCUGGAAACAGUCCAUGUGUUCAGCAGAUCUCAGAGCCAAAGGCAGAGACAUGAUGGUGCAGCUCAUGCUGAACCCGGCAUUCCCCACUAGCUCUUUUGUGGCUGUCGUCUCUGGGAUGGCUUUAUCGUGCUGA